AUGAGCACCCUGUUAUAUUACAGGACAUCCUGGAGGUUAUUGCGCCACCUGAGAGCCUUUUUAUUUGCUGUUAAUGAAAUCAACCAAAAUCCCAACCUUUUGCCAAAUAUCACUCUGGGCUUCCAGAUCCAUGAUUCUUUCUAUGCUGAGGAUCUGAGCAUGGAGAGUGCACUGAGAAUACUAUCAGGAACCAGAUAUAUGAUCCCCAAUUAUAACUGCCACAAGAGGGGAGAGCUGGCUGCCAUUGUUGGACACCUUCUGUCGUCUCCGUCUCUAAGUAUCAGCACUAUAAUCAGUAACUACAGAAUUCCACAGAUCAGCUAUGGGGCCAUGGACCCUUCCUUUUCCAACAGGAACCAGUUUCCCUCUUUCUUCCGUACGGUUCCCAACCAGUUGUCCCACCACCAGGCCAUCAUAGAGCUUCUCAAGCACUUCGGCUGGGUUUGGGUUGGCAUUGUGGCCUCCACUGAUGACAGCAAUGUAAAGUCCAGUAGCCUUCUGAGGGAGCAGCUCAUCAGCAAUGGAAUUUGUGUGGAAUUUCAUGAAAUGUUUUCAGUUCUGGAUAAAAAGCAAACCAAGAGCACAAAUGUUGUCAUCAAGAACUCAACUGCAACUGUUAUCAUUUUAUACUGUAAUACGGGCUAUUUUCUCCAGUUAAUGCUCGGUGAACACUGGGAAGAAAUAAGGGGGAAAGUCUUUGUUACUUCUGUUUCUUUAACACUUCAUCUGGAUAACACCUUUAAUUUAAAGUAUCUCUAUCCGCUCAAUGGCUCACUGCUGUUUGUAGUGAGAAGAGGACACAUUUAUGGGAUGAAAGAUCUCAUGGAUUAUGUUCAUGGCAGUGAGCCAGAAACCAGUGACUUAGAGGAAAUGUUAUUUCUUCUUCCGAGUGAUGAUGAAGGAAAUGAAUUAGAAAGGAUUGAACCAGAAGCUUUCCGUCUCACCUACAGUGUCUAUAUAGCUGUAUAUGCCGUGGCGCAUGCGUUACAUAAUAUGAUCUCCAAGGCGCAGACUCAACCAAGGGUCCUUUCCACUGACCAACUGCUCAGACAUUUCCAUCCUUGGCAGAUGAUCCCACAUCUAAAUAAAGUACAAUUUCCAACACAGAGCAAUGGGAACUUUUCCUUCUCUGACAAAGGAGAAAUGCCCGGAGAGUUUAAUAUCCUAAACUGGAUUGUGUACCCAGAUGGGGAGUUCAGAAUAGUAGAAGUUGGCGGCUAUAGGUCCAUGUCCGAUUCUGCCCAGUUCCAGAUUAAUGAUAGUGCUAUAAUGUGGGGGAGGCCAUAUACAGAGUCUUUCUUUACAGACACAGAUAAUUGUGUGAAAUGUCGAGAAGACCAAUGGUCCAACGAGAGAAGAGACAGUUGUUUGCAAAGGUUGGUUGAAUUUCUUUCCUACCAAGACCCCAUGGGCACAGGUUUGGGUGUGACCUCCAUUGGCCUUUCUUCUUGUGCAUUAACAAUACUGGGAUGUUUCAUUAAAUGCCAUGCAAUGCCUGUUGUUAGAUCCAAUAAUACAAAUAUAAGCUACAUCCUCCUGGCCUCUCUGUGUCUCUCUUUCCUCUCAUGUCUGCUCUUUAUAGGCCAACCCAAACCUGUCACAUGCAUGGUCAGACAAGCUGCCUUUGGGUUGACCUUCUCCAUUGCUGAAUCCUCUAUACUGGCUAAAGCAGUCACAGUUGCCAUUGCAUUCAGAGCCAUAUCACCGGACAGCCAGCUGAGAAGGUGGGUUGGAGCCAGACUGCCCAUCUAUAUAGUCAUUACUUGCUCAGUUGGACAGGCAUUUGUUUGCUUAGCAUGGAUGGUCCUCUCUCCACCAUUACCAGACUACGACAUCCAAUCAGAGAAAGGAAAGAUGAUCCUUAUCUGCAAUGAGGGAUCAGCUCUUCUACUUUAUGUGGAGAUUUCCUACCUGGGAAUUUUGGCUCUUUUGAGCUUCAUUUUUGCAUUUCUCGUGAGGAACUUGCCUGACCGUUUCAACGAGGCCAAAUACAUCACUUUCAGCAUGUUGCUGUUCCUCAGUGUCUGGGUCUCUUUCAUUCCCUCCUACCUGAGCACCAAAGGAAAAUACAUGGUGGCCGUGGAGAUAUUUGCCAUCCUGGCAUCCAGCGCAGGGUUACUGGGUUGUAUAUUUAUACCAAAAAUGUGUAUUAUUUUACUGAAGAGAGACCUCAACUCUAAAGCACAUGUCACAGGAAUGGAUAAUAAUCUUUAGUUACACAAGUUUUAAAAACUAGUUAUAAUGUGGCCUAAAAGUUUCAACAUGACCCCAGUCUUAAGUAGUCAGAGGUCUCAUGUCAUUAUAUUUCAAGGUUUUAAAAAAACUCUCACUUUUAACCGAACAGAGAUUGCUACUCCAUUUAUCGCAAAAAAAAAAAAUUGAGCUCCCAACUACACUGUCCCAUCCCUGGUUAGUUCUACACUCACUCUCAUCUGAUUCGUUUAGGAUGUAAUAGAACAGCCAUUUGCAAUGUGGAAAUACAAUAAUGGGCCCAGGCUGUUACUAUUAAAGAUUUUAUUUUAAGGGUUUUUUUUUUAACAUCAGAACACUUAAGACACAGAUGUGCAGUUCUGACUGGUUGGAUGCAUCUUUGUGUGCCUCCUGCUAUUUAAUAUAUGGACAUUAUAAGUCCUUGAGGAGUUGACCAUGUCCAAGUAGGUAGUGCGAAGUUUGAUAUUUAUACAAGUCAUGGAACUCUUUGGGAACUUUGAUUAUCCUCAUUAUAUAAUGAUCCCAAUAUAGGGGCAGAUUUAUCUUGGAUUAUCUGUA